GGCAAUCCUUGCCCUAGUCAAGACACCAGGUGACUCUGAAAACUCCGCUUGUAGAAGCAUUAGAUGAUUCUCACUUUUUGAGCCGAGUCUCCACUAAAAAAAACUCCAACAUGAACUUCCAUCUUUCUAACUCUCUUCUCAACUUUUUUGGGUCGUCUCUUAGGCCUCACGUUUUUAAAUGGAAGCAUAUGUUAUAUUUGCAUUAGGUCUUUCAUAAUCAAUUCCGAAAGUAAAGUGACAUAAAAUGUAAAUGCAUUAAAUUAUAGGAACAUAGGAGUGAUUGAAACAAAAAUAUAUAAAUAAUAAGAAUUUACAUGGACAUUCUGGUAAAUGUAGGCUAUCCUUGGAUGCUAUAAAUCAAUACGUAAGUUGUUUCGACUUUCAACACAACUCGAGUAAAUUUCAACUAUUUACUCAUUUCUACAACUAGUUUGUCUCUCUCUCUCUCUCUCUAUCCCCUCGUCUCUUUCCUUUUGUUCAACAAUGGCUAAUGAAAUCGUUGAUCCUACAAACUCACCUCCAUCACCACCCAGAACAUCAUCUAAUGCACCAAUAAUCUUUCUCAAUUUUGGUGAUUCUUCUUCAACAAAUGUUCAACUACAAAGUUCUCCCAUGCCUUUAUGGUCUAAUAUGAACCUUACAUACUAUCGUCAAAAUGCUUUAUGGCCAGCUUCAUCUCACAUCUAUGAGCCUUUUCACUUUCCUUUCAGUUUCCAGCCUAGCAUGGACGGCAAUCGAGUUUUCACAGUUCUCGAACCAGUCCCUGAAGCAAAAUCAUUCCUCUUUCCUCAUGGAGUUAGGUUCAAGGAGCCUUGGACCGAGAGAGAGCAUGAGUUAUUUUUGAUGGGGCUAAUCAAGUUUGGAAAAGGGCACUGGAGCGAAAUCGCUAAAUACUUUUUGUUGAACAAGACUCCACAACAAGUUCAAAAUUACGCUGCUAGCUUUUACAGGCACCUACCAGCCACAUACUUGUAUGGAUUUAGGAGAAGGAGGCUCACUAACUACUAUGACUGUAGCCUCAUGGCUGGAAACAUGAACCUCAUGGAAGCCCCAACCCCAUAUUCAUGUCCUGUUGUUCUUAAUGAGGCACCAAAAACCCUCACUCUUUUCUCAGAGAAAACUCCUUUAUUUCCUAUUUCGCCAUUUGAAGAAGGUGGUAGCGGCAACGCAAGUGGUAGCAGCAACAAUACCAUCAACUAUGGGUCCCAGAUGCUUCCAAGUGAUGCAAGCAUUUCCUUGACUACUAGUGAUAAUGAAGGCAUUGAUUUGGAGCUUCGCUUAGGUUGAUUCCAGUGAAAUUUAAAAGUGUAUCAUGCGUGCAUAGACAGCAAAAACUUAGCUGGAUAGUGUGGCAGCAUCACCUGAAUAUCUGGCUUUUUCCUGUGUAGCUUUUAUUAUUUUGUUUGUUGUUAUGUUAGAAUUUGUUUAUGUUAUCAAGGUUAUGUGUAUGUGUUUUCUC